AUGGCUACCGUUAUCACUAUCCAGCCUUCGGGCUAUUCUCACUCCCCUGAUCUUCGCCGCAAGAACGCCACGACCCCAACACUUUCUCCAUCACCCAUACCCAUUAACACGACCCUUCCCCGCGUACGGGAUGGAGCUAGUUGCGACGCUUGUCUCCGCAGAAAGAGCAGGUGCGCCAUGAACGAAAUGGUCAACAAGUGUUACUCGUGUGAUUUCCACCGCCAAGAAUGUACAUUCACCCUCAAAGCCCAAGCUGAGGCUCCGUCUAAAAAGAGGAAAUUGGAGGACGGACGGGAACCCACAGAGGCUGUCAAGCGGGCCUCGACUUUGCCAUCCGCACCUUCUGACGUAGUGGCCGAAUCUCAAUCGGCGGCAUUGAACAUGAUUCGCCCUGGUUUCUUCAACCAGUCAACGCAACACAUUGGCAUGACCACUGAGCUUGAGCCGACAUUGUUGGAUUACCUCCCCUUGGACGAAUAUGAUGAAUGCACGAUAUCGAAUUCUCGCGUGCGAAGAUGUGCUGACGACGGCACUUUCAUGCGUGUUGUCGACACCGCAUCUGUUGGUGACUCGCAGGCCGCGUCACUCGAUGCCAUUGAGAGCAUGGUUGCUCCGUACGGCUCAACGCUAAUUGAGAAAUUCUUUGACCAUGUGCACCCCUCAUUCCCGAUUUUGAUAGAAGAAGCAUUCCGCCAAUCAUACCGAGAGCGCCGCAACUUGUCACCACUACUACUUGCCGCAGUUUAUGUCUUGACAUUGAAGUUCGUUGAUGUCGGCGCCAGCUCGCAGACUGCACGGAAGCCGGAUUCUGCACGACUGGAGGCUGCGGCCCUCAAGCUGUUGAUGGAAUCUUUACCUUCUCCCAGUGUUUCGACAAUCCAAGCUGGGCUUCUCUUAACACAAAAGUCGACUUUGGCUACCGCGUCUUUGAAUGGACAGCUGGUCACAGCCUGUUUCGAACUGGGCCUCCACCAGGACUGCACGAACUGGCGCAUGGAGACGUGGGAGAAGGGCCUGCGGAAAAGACUUGCGUGGGCUUUGUACAUGCAAGAUAAAUGGUCGUCAUUGGUGCACGGCCGACCCUCGCAAAUCUUUGCCUUCAACUGGACGGUUAAGGACCUCGUGGAGCAGGACUUCUCAGAUGCCUUCGCCUCCGGUACUGACUCUUCACACGAUGAAACCGCCGUCGGCCACGGCCCUCUCCUGUUCUGCCACAUGGUCGCACUAACGACUAUCCUCUCCGACAUCCUCGAUCGCUUCUACACCCUCCACGCCAUUGAAGAGUUCUCCGCCGCCGGAAACCAGCGCACGCGCAUGAUUCUCGAAAAGGCCAAACCAGCCCAAAUUCGAUUGAAAGACUGGUUCUCCUCCCUCCCACCCUCUCUAAAGAUGGAAACCUCAACGGGCGAACUCGUCGAGACAAUCACAGACGAGCAUGCCCGCAACGGCGCCCUCCACCUCGCCUACUUCGCCACCGAAAUCACCCUCCACCGCUGCAUCGUCCGCUCCCUCCUAGCCGAAGGCACAGACCAGUACCUAGCACACAUCUGCCGCUCCGCCGCGAAAACACGUCUAAUCUCUGCCAUGGACUUUGUUAACCGCCUGCGCCCUGCCCAUCUGCGCUCCUUCUGGCCCGCCUCCGCCCGCACAAACUUCUCUCUCAUCGGCUCCUUCGGCAUGCUUCUCCGCAUCACCGCCCCGACCAGCGAAGAAGCAGACUUCUACCGCGUCCGUCUCUGCGAGUACCGUUGGACGCUCGGCGUCAGCCACAAAAACGCCGAGUUCAUGGGCUUCGCGCUGCAAAGUCUCGAUAACGCAACCAUGCUACACAAGCAUGUGCCCGCGAAGCCGGGCAUCGCAGAACUCAUGGCGUCGUCGAACAAGAAUGCACCACCGCGUAUGCCGAGUGCGUCGCUCGGCUCUUACGAUGAGGCUAUGAUGGAUGCUGGCGGGACGGCGGGGUCCAGCUCGGUCAUCUCUGGGCUUGCGUCGCCUGCUACGUCUGUCAGUGAUGGCGAGGAUGAGGAGACUUCUAUGGCGCCUUUGUGA